ACAACAACAACAACAACAACAACAACAACAACUGCAACAGCAACAACUUAGAUAUGCAACACAUAUAGCAAGCGGAGGAAAACCAAUGAUAUAUGCACAACAACAACAACAACAACAACAACAACGAAUGCAAUAUGGUGGAGAUCCAUACAUGAUGCGACAACAAACUCCACAAGUGCCAUCAUCUUCUUAUCCAUAUACAUCAAAUAUAGCUCCACCAGGAUAUUCACAUGGUCAACCAAUGGAUCCUAAUGCAUUGGCUGCAGCACGUGCUGGUAAACCAAUGUUACCACAACAACAGCAACAACAAAUACCCACUCGAUAUCCUCUCAAUUCAUAUUAUACUCAUCCUUCACCAAUGGCCUAUCAACAACAAUCAUCAAUGCCGCAACCACCACAUCGAUCUCUUUCACAAGGUCCAACUCCUUCUUAUUCAAUGCCAUCAACAUCGGUACCGUCAAACGGUGCUGGUGGUAAACCAACUUUAAUCGAUUCAAUCGAAUCAAAAUCUGAAGAUAUGAUAGAUGAUCCAUCAAAACAACAACAACAACAAAUGUUUCAUCCUCUUCUUCAAAAUCGUUCACGUCCACAAACACCCUCAUUCUAUCCUAAUAUGCCACCAACGAAUUCUUCUUAUUAUCCUUCACAACGUCCAAUGACAUCAACACCGGAUUAUAAUAUGGUAGCAACAGCACGGGGUAUUCGACCACCAACAACAGUUGCUUAUGGAACUCUACCAGUUCAACGUGUUCGAGCUCCAAUUCCUUCACAAUUAUCAUCUUCAACAAGUGAUCCUACAACGGGUAUAAAUAAUAAUCCAAUGGGACUUCAAUCUACUCCACCACCACCGUCAUCUGUAACUCCUCGUUGA